CUCUAGCACGUGAAUUAUGUCUAUAAAUAAAGGUUUCCAAAGCCCUCUUCCUAAUUCACUCAUAAUCUACUUACUCAUUUCUACUAUACAGUAUAAUGGCAAACCAAAUCUACAUAAUCUCCUUGAUCUUCUUGUCUGUGUUACUUUAUCAAUCCACUACCGUCUUAUCUUUCCGACAACCAUUCAACCUAGCGAAACCAUGCAAGCGUUUCGUCUUCUACCUCCAUAAUGUUGCCUACGACGGUGAUAACACGGAUAAUGCUACAUCAGCAGCAAUUGUUAACCCUUUAGGUCUAGGAGACUUCAGUUUUGGGAAGUUUGUGAUCAUGGACAACCCUGUGACAAUGGACCAGAACAUGCUCUCGGAACAGGUGGCUCGUGUUCAAGGCUUCUUCUUCUAUCACGGUAAGACGAAAUACGACACUUGGCUCUCUUGGUCAGUAGUAUUCAAUUCAACACAACACAAGGGGGCAUUGAACAUAAUGGGUGAAAACGCGUUUAUGGAGCCGACAAGAGACCUACCGGUCGUUGGUGGGACUGGUGAUUUCGUCAUGACUCGUGGGAUCGCUACGUUCAUGACUGAUCUCGUUGAAGGCAGUAAGUAUUUCCGUGUCAAAAUGGAUAUUAAACUCUAUGAAUGUUACUAUUAGAGUUACUAAUACAUGUCUUGGGUUUGAUGUUUCUAUCUUGAUAUUUUUGGGUUUGAUGUUUCUUUGUUGGCACUUUGUUGCUUUUCUCUGUUCGUAGUUGAUGUUGUACCAAGUUUCCAAUAAAUGUUAUAUUGAAAACGUUCUUUUAAAACC